AUGGCCGGUGCCAAGAAUGCGCGUUCGCUCAGCGCAGCAGAACAGCAGACCAUCCAGGGACAAUUCCGGUCCAGUUCCCCCCUCGCAGAGACGGCGAUUGCUCGGGACUUGGAGAGUUAUGCGGACGACGAAAGCUCCGCGCUAACUACUGACGACGAUGCGUCCGAGACGUCUACGAUCCGCGCGAUGAACAGCCACACCGGCACGAACCCCCAUUCCCUAGCUGGCUCGUACCAGCGGCCGAGCUUCUUUACCACCGUAUCCCAUGCGACGGUUGUGCCCCACCGCGCGGAGCAUGAAGGGUUGACGCGGAGGGAGCGCGAGCAGGCCAUUGAGGACGAGCGGAAUCUUCUUAGCGAUAACAAUGUCGUGGGAUCUGCUGGACCGAGGAAGGAACGGCGGAGCCAGGAUUCCGGGGCGAGGCCGGUGGAAACCACGUCUUUACUGGGCCCUCGACGCGCAAGCUCGCAUUCGAAUGCUGAGGAUGCUGAUGAGAUUGAUCGCAAGUGGGAGGAGGCAGUGAUGGCCGGGUUGAUUCACACGACGUGGAAGCGGGAAGCACAGGUCAUUGGGAAGAAUGCCGCGCCGUUAAUGGUUACCUUUCUCUUGCAGUACUCUUUGACGGUGGCUAGUAUCUUCACGCUGGGUCAUCUGGGCAAAAAGGAACUGGGCGCGGUCAGUCUGGCCAGUAUGACAGCGAAUAUCACCGGAUAUGCGGUCUACCAGGGCCUCGCGACCAGUUUGGAUACGCUGUGCGCUCAGGCCUACGGGUCUGGCCGGAAGAAACUGGUGGGUCUGCAGAUGCAGAAGAUGGUCUUUUUCCUCUGGAUCAUAUCUGUACCGAUCGUCGUUUUGUGGUUCUUUGGAGACCGAGUCCUUCUUCGGAUUGUGCCGGAAAAAGAAGUUGCGCAGCUGGCCGGCCUGUAUUUGAAAGUGGUUGCACUGGGCGCUCCGGGAUAUGCCUGCUUUGAGAGUGGGAAGCGUUACGUGCAAGCGCAGGGCCUGUUUUCUGCAUCCCUGUACGUUUUACUUAUCUGUGCGCCUGUCAAUGCGUUCAUGAACUGGCUGUUUGUUUGGAAAUUCAACUGGGGAUUUGUUGGUGCUCCGAUUGCAGUGGCCAUCACGGAUAACCUCAUGCCUCUUUUCCUAUUCCUUUACGUAUAUUUUGUCGCCGGUGGCGAGUGCUGGAACGGAUUUACUUACAGAGCCUUCCGCAACUGGGGCCCAAUGGUCCGACUUGCUCUGCCUGGUUUGCUUAUGGUCGAGGCCGAAUGUCUUGCCUUUGAAAUCCUGACGCUGGGGUCUUCGUACCUCGGCACAACUCCCCUGGCAGCGCAGUCGGUCUUGUCUACGAUCUCCAGCAUUACCUUCCAGAUUCCUUUCCCUCUCUCGAUUUCCGGUAGCACGCGGGUCGCGAACUUGAUCGGAGCGACCCUGGUCGACGCCGCUAAAACAUCCGCCAAAGUGACUAUGGUCGGUGCUGUGAUCGUCGGUCUGCUCAACAUGCUCUUCCUGUCUUCCCUGCGCGACUACAUCCCUCGACUCUUCACAUCGGACGAAGAAGUUGUCGAACUCGUUGCGCAAGUCCUUCCCCUUUGCGCCGCAUUCCAACUUUUCGACGCUCUAGCCGCCAACUGCAACGGUAUCCUCCGAGGAAUCGGCCGGCAGGAAAUCGGCGGCUAUGUCCAGCUCUUCUGCUACUAUGCCAUCGCCAUGCCAAUCAGCUUCGGCACCACUUUCGCUCUCGGCUGGGGCCUGUUCGGUCUGUGGUCUGGCGUCGCUCUCGCUCUUCUCCUGGUGUCGAUAAUCGAAGCGGUGUUCCUCCGCCAGACGAACUGGGACCGGUCCGUCGAGGACGCAUUGGAACGAAAUGCUGCGACGUAG